AUGAAGAGGACGCCUCAGGAAACACGCCACGUGCGCUCCCGGGAGCCGCCCUGCGUCGGCCACUUCCGCCGGCCACUUCCGGCUGGGGGCGCUGAGGAGCCGAGCGCCGUCGCCGCCAGGAGCGUGGUCCCAGCCCGCGGCUUUCCCGACCUCCGGAGGAGUCCCCGCGGCUCGCGCACCGGCAGCGACACGGCCCUCGACCCGCCGCUCGCGCGCACCCGCGCCCGGGGCUCCUGCGGGGACCGGGGCCGAGCGCCGCGGGCCGCCCCGUCGCUUCCGCCGCUCGGGCUCCGGCUGCGGACGCCCCCGCGGCGAAGCGGACAGAGACGGCGCCGGCCCCGCCCGGCCUCUGAGAGGAGCUUCUGGAACCAAGAACGGGACGCGGGAGUCGGGAAGUCUGUGGCGGGCGCCGAGCACGCGGGGACCGGCGCACUGAGCGACGGGACCGAGGAGGAGAAGAGCGUGAUUGCGGGAGCCCCCCCCUCCCCGGCCAGGCCAGGUCUCCCCAACCCGACGCGCCGCAGAGACCCGCGCCGACCUCCUAGGGGUGGGCGGGUGUCGGUGUUGCCCACGGCGCAAGCGGGAGUCUCCUCUUGCUCGCGGUCUCCGCGGAGGCAGAAGGUCCAUCGUGACUGAGGGCGGCGAGGACAGUUGGGGGUGGGGGGGGU